CUCGAGAAAGUACUGCAAGCUUGUGAGAUCAUAGACGCUUCGGAACCGUACACAAGCUGCGCAGCUCGUGAUGAGAGAACGCGAGAAAAGUUGGCUGCAGCCGCAGCGGACUUUUGUGAUAGGCUAGGCUCAUUUCGAAUGCCCCUCGGAUUUAUGGUCCUUGAUCUGCAGAAAGUUCUAACCGGUGUGAAUACUUUGGAGCGAUCAGAAAUGUGCAUGUCGACGGUGACCGCGGGAUCUUCUAACGCAACAGGAGGUGAAGCAGUUGCCCCUUUGGCUGAAACUGACAGCAUAGUAAGUGCUGAUCGCGUUUCAAAUACUUCUACUUCGACGUUCCGACGGAUGGGAAGUGGAUCUUCGGCGGCUGCUGUGCUGAGUCGCGUGCGUACUCCGCUCCAGCGUAGGAAGUUCUUAGGAGGGGGAGGAGGAAGUGAUGAUGCUACCACGCCUGAGGGCUCUUCUGCGGGGAAAUCUUUAGAAACGAACUUGGCUAAUCUCCAACCUAUCACGCUUACCGUGAAUUCCUUUUUUCGACAGGAGGCAGAUAGGUUAAGUGACGAAGAUUUGUACAAGCUGUUGGCUGAUGCUCGACGUCCCGGUGGUGGUACUGGUGAAGAGCUGUUGAUGCGGCUCAGCCCGGAAAUGUUGCGUGUGGCCCCCUUUAGUGGAGGACCCGGCACUGAGCUCACGAAGGACAUUCAAGAGUUUCCCGCGAAAGGUUUCUACAUGGCGAACACGAGCUAUCGAAACUUGUUGUACAUAUACCCAAAGUCAGCCAAUCUUACUAAUCGGCCGGGCACGGCUCGCAACAUUUCGAUCAAAGUGGAGCUUAUGAACGCGCAGGAACAACCCUUGCGAGUGCUGUACGCUAGAGGUGCAGGCUCCGAAAUGGUCUCGUUAGCAAGAACUGCUGUAAUUUAUCAUAACAAGACACCUCAUAUCACUGAUGAGAUUAAACUUCGCAUUCCGGUGGAUUUAGACGACGGGCAUCAUUUACUGUUUACUUUUUAUCAUAUUUCUUGCAAGGCAAAUAAUAAGGAUGAAGAAACUGAAUAUCCGAUCGGUUACAGCUGGUUGCCCCUCCUCCGGGACAACCGGCUGUCAACGGGCGACUUCAAUCUUCCAAUAUGUCUCGAUCGUCUUCCCUCCAGCUAUGGGUACCUCUCACCGGAUGUCGCUUUACCAAAUGUUCGGUGGCUUGAUGGCCACAAACCAGUGUUUAAUGUGAGCAUCAGGGCUAUCAGCACCGUUCACCCUCAGGAUGAACAUCUCGAGAGAUUUCUCGUCGCUGUCAAUUCUUUAUCAUCCACGGAUAGGAGGAAGCCACCAGCAAGUGAAACGGCGCUAAUUAUAGCGGCGCAGAGCGUCAUCAAAGCACGUCCUGAACCGAUGGUUGCUUUUAUGUAUAAUGUGCUGGACAAGCUGAUUGCUCUGAUUGCGAAUCGUCCUUAUUCGGAUGCAUUAUCUAGCGCGUGCUUUGAGACUUUGGGACAGUUGGUGAAGAUCUGUACAAUGUUGCUCGACUCCUGCUUGGAUAUGCAUGGUCGGAGUGCUCUGUUGACAUCUUAUAUUCACUAUUACAAAAUUGCCAUGAAAGAGUCCAAAGCAAGAUCGCAGUUGUGCAAGGAUAUGGCUGCCGAGAAGAACAAGCCUGGUUCUCCGGAGACGCAGAAGCUCUAUCACAUUAUUGAAGAUGUGGAAAAAUUGAGUGCGCAUCAUCAACGCGUCCCCGCUGAAGCGGUGCCAAGCACGUCCAAUAAAGCUGUGCAUGAGGAAUUGGCCGAGCAAUGGAUAAAGUCUAUGGCGGAGUACCUUUCGAUGACCGGGAGAUUAUACCUGACACGGCGUUCACGAUUUAGUGAGCGCUUCGUGAAAGCGCUUGACUCGUUAUCGUGUGCGACAAUCGCCGAGGUGGUUACCCGUCUUAACAAAGAUCCACGUCAGGCGGUUGCCAUCGCUAAUAGCUGGGCCUUUUUUGUGAGGGAUGCCUUCUCUCUCAUGGAUCGUAGCUAUGUUAUGGGACUUGUGCGUGACUUCAACAGGGACAUUUCUCACAGGAUAAGCUGCAUUGGAGAGCCAGCGGCAACGACAUUGAUGUUGUUGAAGUUGGAUUUUGUGAGGAUUGUCAGCUCGCAUGAGCAUUUUGUCAUUCUGAAUCUCCCAUUUGGUCCGCCUCAUAGUGUUCCGACGUCUACGUCGUCUUCAUCGAUCUGUAUCUCAACCGGCACUGGAAGUUCCGUAACUCAGAUGGCAUUGAGCCCCGAGUCUGUUAGUAUUUCGAGCAGAUCGACAACUACCACAUUAGAUUCGUGGGGAUCGUUAGGAUCGGGCGAGCUGUCAUAUGAAUUUCGCCGCUGUCAUUACCUUGUUGGACUCGCUUUAGCUGAUCUCGCUGCUGUUCUAGACUCAUCAAAUAGUUCAGUAUUACAUGCAAGAGCUAUUGGUCUCAUUCAUAAUCUCUUAUCUUCUCAUGAAGCUGACAGUCGACUGACCGAUCCAACUAUUCGAGCUCGAGUCGCGGGCCUCUACUUACCCUUAGUGACUAUUGUUCUUGAUGUAGCCGGACAGAUCCAUGACCCCUUUGCGAACUCUCCUACCGGUACAAGCCGCUUCUCGAGGGAAGAUAGAAAUGGCACAUCCACUUCACCAGGAGUAAAUCCAAAAGUGGCUCUUGCUAUAGCUGGUAUCGGUUCUGCACCUUCUCCACCACGAACACCGACCGAGCUGAAUAAUAACAGACCAGAAAAGAGCAAGGCCAUGCUCAACCUCGAAUUAUCGAGACAGUUGCUAGCAUGUUUUUGCUGGGUUCUCAAGAACGUGGAAGGCACAUCGCUACGCCAUUGGGUUCGAGAACUUCCUCCAACUAGACUCUCUCAACUGCUUAAUAUUCUUCAGCUUUGUGUUUCGUGUUUCGAGUAUAAAGGAGGAGCGACAAUGUCGCAUGCCGAGAACGGUCACGAUCUGGAUGAGACUCUAACAGAAUGCGUCGUAACGCGACGUGACGGAGUGAGGUGGAGGAUAGGGCCUCCUUCAUCCGGGGAGGCUGACUCACGCAGAACGAGCUCGUUAUUGUGUGAGGAUGACGUCCUGCUGGAAGCGGUACUAUGCACAGAAGUGAUGUUGUGUGUUUUGGAUACGUUGGAGACCAUUAUUCGAGUGAUUUCCAUGCCAGGCAGUGAUCACUUGAAUUUUGCACUACCAAUGAUACUGCGUGGAAUAUUGCACAUGUUGUCCUGCAACCAGUCUGUCCAAGCGUUGGAAUGUAUUUUUGUCAGCCAGAGGACAGUUGUCAAAAAAUUCCCCGACAUGAUUUUUGAGCAGGAAGCAGAACAGUGUGGAGAACUGUGCUUGCAACUUCUGCGACAUUGUGCCUCCCGGUUACCAGCUGUUCGAACACAGGCUGCCGCUAGCUUGUACCUGCUGAUGAGGGAAAGUUUCGAGAGCGGAAGCAGUUUGGCAAGAGUCAAAAUGCAAAUUACAAUGUCUUUAUCAACGUUGGUGUCAAAUGCAACUAGAGAGGGAGUGUGGUUGAAUGAAGACUGCCUAAGGAGGAGUCUCAAGACAGUGCUCACCUAUUCUGAGACCGAUGCGAACACUGACCCUCAUACACGCGCCAAUACUAGCUUCUCAGAACAGGUCAAAGAUCUCGUUUGUAAUAUUCAUAUGAUACUCUCUGAUACAGUGAAGCUCAAGGAGUUUGCGAAUGACUUUGAGAUGACCAUCGAUCUCAUGUACCGUGUUGCUAAAGGAUAUCAAACUAAUCCUGACCUUCGGUUAACAUGGUUGCUCAAUAUGGCGUCUCGUCAUGCCGAUCGAGAGCUCUACUGUGAAGCAGGACAGUGCAUGCUUCAUGCAGCAGCCUUAGCUGCGGAGUACAUAGCCAUGACAACUUCUGAUGAGUACAUGCCACGAGGAGCGGUUGAUUUUGAGCAUAUCAGUGACAACAUUCGAGAAGAGAGAGCCGUGAGCGACGACGUACUGAGUCCUGAUGUGGAAGGAAUCUGUGAAUCACGGCACUUCACAGCAGCUGGACUUGUUAUUCUAGUUGAAAAAUGUGCCGCGUACUUUGAAAAGGCUCACAUGUACGAAAUGAUGCCAGAUGUAUUCCGCAUUGUCGAACCAAUUAUACGUGAGUGGCGCGACUACCGCCGGUUGUCAACAAUUUAUGCUCGUCUAAGCGACGCUCUCGCACGUAUUGAGCCAACAAUUCCUGUCCUGGAAGAUGCGGCUGAUAUAUGGACGUCACCGCUAAUGAAUGCCGAUAAGCGGUGUUUUGGGACGUACUUUCGUGUUGGCUUUUAUGGUUCCCGUUUUGGAGAUCUCGAUGGCGAGGAAUUUGUUUACAAGGAACCACCUUUCACGAAGCUGUCCGAAAUCAGUCAUCGUCUGGAAUCGUUCUACACAGAUCGUUUCGGUAAAGAUAUCGUGGAGGUCAUAAAGGAUUCCAAUAACGUGGUUCGAACAUCGCUCCAAGCAUCGAAAGCCUAUCUACAGAUAACAUAUUUGGAGCCGUAUUUCGAGAAGUGGGAGAGGAGGCGAAGGCCGACACCUUUCGAGCGCAGCCACAAACUCAAGAGGUUUAUGUACGCGACACCGUUCACCCGUGAUGGGAAAGCUCAUGGUGAUCUCAAAGAUCAAUACAAGCGGCGUACAAUCCUGACAACCCUGCACAGUUUUCCCUACGUAAAAACCCGUAUACGUGUUGUGGAACGAGAACAGAAGGUGUUGGAGCCUAUCCAAGUGGCUAUCGAAGAUGUCGAAAAGAAAACUAGAGAGCUGUCUGCGGCCAUUGCUCAAAAUCCACCUGAUGCGAAAAUGCUUCAGAUGGUGUUACAGGGGUGUAUUGGUACAACUGUGAAUCAGGGUCCAAUUCAAGUAGCUAAUGUGUUCUUGACCGAUAUAGCAGUUAACGAAAAUGGGAAACCGAUCGAUAAGUUUCAAAACAAGUUGAGACUUUGCUUCCAUGAUUUCUCAAAGAAAUGCGCUGAUGCCCUUGUUCUGAAUAAGCAGCUUAUACUCCCGGACCAGUUGGCUUAUCAGUCCGAGCUGCAGAAGAAUUACAUAGAGUUCACUCGAAAAAUGGCACCAAUCAUUGAUGGAACUACUCGAGCUACUGGUCGUAAGGAUCUGGUCACCAAUGCAGAACAUGCGCUAGUCGUAGCUGCAGAAAUUGGUCCUGUAACCUCUGUCUGA